UGUAGCCCGCCCCACAGAAUCUUAGGGACCGGGGCUACAGGGCGGGGCGAACGGUCGUGGCGUCUUCCUCUCUGUUCCCUGGAGAUCCAGGCGCCUGGGUUGAGGAUCCUUACUACAGAAAGUGCACCCGCGACUCCAUGUGUUUUGCGAGUGUGUGUGCGUGUCACGAUGCCUGUCUGGGUGUGUUUGUGUCUAGCGCGCUCCCCCAGGAGCAUCCUGAGUGUGCGCGUGCGCACCGCUUUCGGGCACUUACGCGCAGAGCUAGAAAUUGGGGUGCCCUAAUGUAGUUUUCAAGGAAUUUCCGGUCUCGUGGGAGAGAGUCAAACUACCCGGGGUACUUGGGGACAGGGAGGGUCAUUUAAGUCGAUUUGAAGGUUAGGAAAGGGUUUAUCAGGAAGGCCCGCCUGAAUGAGUUUUGAAGAGUGAGUGGGAGUUAACCCCGUGGAAAAGGGAGUGAAAGUGUGACGGGUGUUCCAAGCAGAGCGUAAGGAACGGCUGGAACUAUAUGUGAAGGCGAGAGCUUUGUUUUAGGAUGUGUGGGAGAUGUGAGAGGAGAAAUGACUGCAAAGAAAGAUGUCAUUUGUCAGAGUGAACCGUUACGGUCCCCAUGGAGGAGGAAGGAAAGCACUGAAAGUAAAGAAGAAGAAAAUGUCAGUAAAGCAAGAAUGGGAUAACACUGUAACUGAUCUAACCGUUCAUCGGGCAACUCCUGAAGAUCUGAUCCGUCGUCAUGAAAUACACAAAUCGAAGAAUAGAGCGUUAGUACACUGGGAGCUCCAAGAAAAAGCUUUGAAGAGAAAAUGGAAGAAGCAGAAACCGGAACUUUCUAAUCUUGAGAAAAGGAGAUUGUCUCUCAUGAAGGAGAUUCUUUCUGAUCAAUACCAGAUGCAAGAUGUAUUGGAAAAAUCUGAUCAUUUGAUGGCUACGGCAAAAGAUCUGUUUGUUGAUUUUCCUUGUAGGCGCACAGGGUUUCCAAAUGUAACAAUGGCUCCUGAUUCCUCUCAAGGUCCCAUUGUGGUAAAUCAAGACCCUGUCACCCAGGCCAUCCUUAGUGAAUCUGUUAUUGAGCCUCAGGCUCUUAAUGAAGUAGAUGAUGACCAACGAGAAGGAACUGUUAACAGCCAGUCAGAAGAAAGUGAGAAUGAGUUGGAUAACUCUCUAAGCUCUCAGUCAAACACAAAUGUGGACACGUUUCUCCACCAAAUAAAGGAAGAUAAUUCCGAGUUAAUUAAUAAACUACGGACUGAUAUUCAGCAGAAAGUAGCAACACAAUCACAAAUAACAACCUCUUCAGGAACUCCAUCAUCUCCUUCUCCAUCAGGAGAACAAAAAGCUGCUCUGAAUGCUACCAAUGCUGUUAAGAGAAUCCAUACGAGGCUUCAACUGGAAGAAUCUACUGAGACUCUAGACUCAAGCUCUGUAGUGAGACAAGUGCUGAACUCAAGGAAGCAAAAACAGCUGCUAAAUAAAGUGAAAAGAAAACCAGAUUCGCGUGCUCCUUCCAAACAGAAGAAUAGCGUGUUAUCAGCCAGCACAGCCUCCACACACUUACCGAAUAGCAGUAACCCCAGCCUAGAUGUCCUCAAGCACAUGAUACACGAAGUGGAGCAUGAAAUGGAAGAAUAUGAGCGGUGGACAGGACGCGAGGUCCGGGGGCUCCAGAACAGUCAGGGUCUCACCGGCUUCACCCUGUCGCUCGUGAGCUCCCUCUGCCGCCUGGUUCGCUACCUUAAAGAGAGUGAGCUCCAACUGCGUAAAGAAGUAGAGACAAGGCAGCAACUGGAACAAGCAUUAGGCGAACAUCGAGAGCUGAUUGAUGCUCUGACAGCUGAAAUUCUUCUCCUUAGAGAAGAAACUACUGCUACCCAGGCAAGACUUCAGCAGUACAUGAUCACAACAGAUGAGCAGCUUAUAUCACUCACACAUGCCAUUAAGAACUGUCCUGUGAUAAAUAACAAAGAAAGUCAGGCAUUAGAAAGGGGAGCCACAAGUAGAAAUAUGGACAGUCCAGAGGGUCCAGCUGUAAAUGCUAAUGUCUCCGUGCCAUUGAUGUUCAGAGGGGAAGAUGUGGUUGAAUUCCCACAGGAAGAUUUGCCUGUUAAACUGUCUCAGGUGCCAAACCCUCCAGAAAGCGGGAGUCUGGCCAGCAGUUUUCCAGGGCACGUAUGUGAGCCAGCAGUAUUGUUAACACCGCCCAGGCAGAAAAGCAACUCAGAAUUCUCUCCUUUGCAGGAUGUGUUGAGGAGGACCGUUCAAACUCGUCCUGCUCCACGAAUUCCUCCAACCGUGGAAAUAAUUGAGAAGGAACAAAAUUGGGAAAAGAAGACCGUACCUACUGGCACAGACAUUCAGAAUUCAAGUGAAGAGAGUCAUCUCUUUACUCAGAGGUGGAGGGCCUCUCACAUGGGAGAAGAUUUGCAGAACAAAACCCAGGCUCCUUUUGUUAACCUCUCACAGCCCCUCUGCAAUUCCCGUUCAAGCACUCAGCAAUCAAGAAACCCCGCACUCUCAGAAGAACCCCCAGUAUUGGGAGAUGGGCAACAGCUUAGAACAAAUGAGACAUUAAUACAAAGAAAGGACAUCAUGGCACGAAUUGCUGAGUUGACACUGCAGAAUUCAGCUAUCAAGGCACAUCUGAAUAAUAUUAUUGGGCCAGGGGGAGAGCAAGGGGAUGGACUUGGGGAGUUUAACAAACGGGAGAGGAGUCAUGCCAGCGACAUGACCUCUACUUUUCCAGCAGUACAACCUCUAACCCCAAGUAGCAUGGAGGAGCGGAUUGCAGAAUUGAAUCGACAGAGUAUGGAGGCUCGUGGAAAACUCUUGCAAUUAAUAGAGCAGCAGAAACUUGUUGGUUUGAAUCCUUCCUCUCCACCAGUAUCACCUAUUCGGUCACCUCUCGGAGCAUGGACUGAAGGAGGAAAGAGGAUGAUUGAGGUAUCUAUUCCAGUAGCGGAAGCCCCAGAAAGCUCAAAAUGCAGUACUGUCUCUCCUACCAGUGGGCUAAAUUCAAGAAGAUCUCCAGGGGCUACUAGUAAUUCUUGUUCUCCAUUAAAUGCCACCUCGGGAAGUGGGCACUUGACACCUCUUAAUCCAAGAGCAAAGAUUGAGAAACAAAAUGAAGAAGGCUGGUUUGCUCUUGCUACCCACGUGUCAUAAGUGAGGUCGAGUUGUAGAGUUUGUUCUCAGUAAUAUAUUCUUGAGUUUCCACUCCCCUUUCCCUGCUCCUGCUUUCAAGUUUUUAUGUUCUUCUUUCAGAUAAAACUUACAAAGAUCUCGUGACUUAGUACUAAUAGAACAAAGAAAUAAAGCAAUUAUUUUAAUUUUGACCUUUUCAAAUAGAUUUCCAACAAACAAACAACCUAUAACAUCUUGUGAAUAAAAUUUUGACUAGAGGGAAAUUAAAGUUUUAUAUUCUAAUAAAUUCAAGGAUUUUUUUGAGUAAUAUAUAUAUAUAUUUUUUAAAUUAAUUAAUUAAUUUAUUUAUUAUUUAUGGCUGUGUUGGGUCUUCGUUUCUGUGCGAGGGCUCUCUUUAGUUGCGGCAAGUGGGGGCCACUCUUCAUCGCGGUGCGCGGGCCUCUCACUAUCGCAGCCUCUCUUGUUGUGGAGCACAGGCUCCAGACGCGCAGGCUCAGUAGUUGUGGCUCAUGGGCUUAGUUGCUCCGCGGCAUGUGGGAUCUUCCCAGACCAGGGCUCGAACCCAUGUCCCCUGCAUUAGCAGGCAGAUUCUCAACCACUGCGCCACCAGGGAAGCCUUUGCGUAAUAUAUUUUUAUCUUUAUCAUCUUUAUUCAGAUUUUUUUUGGUCCAGUGUAUCUCAAAUGUUGAUCUAUUUUAUUUUUGUUUUAUUUUUUUCUGAAGAACUAAGUUGCUUUUGCAUAUAACUUACAAUAAAAUGCCUCGGUGUGACUAAAGUCUGGCUUUCAGAAAAAUUUACGCCCCCUUUUGAGAGAAGUCACUGUAGUCCAUCACUUUUUCCAUCAAGUGAAUGUAUAGUUUUAAAAAGUAAGUGUGGGAGUAUUUGUUUAUAUUUGCUUAAGCAGGUAAGGGUGGUUAUGUAUAUUAUAAAAUUCUUAUAUAGUCUUUACAUGUGAAAAUGUUAUCAGUAAUGGUAAUAUAUAUCAAAAAAAUAAUGAUUGAGCUUAAAUAUCUGAAUGCAGUAACAUUGAUUUAUUGGUUUAUUUAAUGUUUGAAACAGAAUUGAGUACAAAACGUUGCUAUCAAUUUUCCCAGCCUUGAAUCUACAAUGCAUUCAGGGUAGAUUUUUCUUCAAGGCACCUGUUUGAUCUCACAUAUUGGUUUCUGUUUUAAACUUGGUUUUUGAAUGGUCUCUGCUCCUUGGCUCUAUGAUAGGAAUUCUCAGCCUAAGUGAGGUGGGAGUGGUGAGGGGAAAGCACACUGAAACUGCUUGGGGAACUUUCUCAGAUAACACCUUCCCUCCUCCUGCAGUUGUAAGUCACUGUUGUAGGAAGUGUGCUAUGCAGCUUUCAUUUGGGCCUCUUCAUUGUUGUAGGGGCAAAAAAAUUAUUAUCCUUUGGUAUCACUGAUUUUAUUUAUGUGAAGUCAUCUGUAUGCAUUUGCAUUAUUGCAGAUUCUUCCAUCUGUAUUGCACUUUUUAAACCUUGGUAUUUAAUAAAUACUAUCCCUG